CAAGCGAAUUAGCGAGCUCAGCACUAGCCACUUCAGGUCUCGCCUAUUUCGACCACAGCGCGCAAGCAGUAUCGGAUGUCUUUAGCGUGGGUGUCCGAAAUGCGCAUUCGCAGCAAAAGAAUCUCUGCAACGCCUACACCGACAGCCACAUAAUCGGCAGAACGUUGCGUAAUUUUACGUGGCCAGAACUUGGGGUUUUCAUUUUCAAUGGACCGCAAAAUCGGAGCACGGAAUGGGGUGUACUGCCAUGGCAUUGGUAUUGGUCGAACGCCAUUCCAAAAGCAUUAGGACCGCUCAUUCUGAUUCUAGUCCUCGAACAACUGAUGUUCGUUCUUGGGUAUAGGAGUAGCAGGAAGAUACUAUUUGGCGGAGGCGGUAGUGUAGAAGAAGAACAAGAAGACCUUCAAGUUUCUGGUAAAAGUACAAGUGGGGGAAAUAGUCCAGCAUGGAAACAAGCUGGGGCGGCUCAAAAGAGUCGAGAAGACGGAAAUAAAGCCAGUACAUCGUCUACUUCUAGUGAUGGUAAAGAAGGAAGUAAAACUAAAACACGAAGUAGCGAUAAGAACAGCAAUAUGAAUUCCAAGAAUUAUGCUGGCCCUGAUCGUGUUUCGCGCAUGGCAGCUUAUCGCAUAUUAAUCGUGUGGGUGCUUGUUCCUGUAGGAGCCUUGUCUGUACUAGGGCACAAGGAAUUGCGGUUCAUUUUUUUACCAAUAGUGGCUUUGUUAACGUACCUCGCUUUCAUUGCGGCAGAACGAAAGGCGUCACUCAAAGCCGGUAGAAGUAGCAUCGGCUACUCCUUUCUGUUACUUGGCUUUGUCGCUGUCCAGUUUGCAAUGUGCGGUGCACGCACGUUGGCUUCGCUUUACAACUACCCUGGCGGAUGGGCAGUCUGGAACAUGCAAAGGGAAAGACUCCACUACGAAAAGGACCUUUAUGUUAUCUCCAGUGGUACACCAUCUGCUGCAACAGUGGACGCAGCUUUCUCGAAAAAUACAAAUACCAAUCUGCACAAUGACCGCAACAAGAAGACCAAGGCUAGUCUGGAAGAAAGUCGACAACUAAGAAGUAGAAUGGAGAUGCUUCUGCGAGAUGUUGGAAGUGGUGCUCGGGGUCUCCUUCUGGCGUCUGCAGGUAACGCCACCAUGACUAAUGGCACUUUUGCUAGUUCUAGCGCAACGUCUUCUCAAGCGGCCGCGCAACGAAGGCUGACCGGCAAUGAUGCAUUGCUACUUGCCAAGCUUGCGGAACUAGAAGAGUCAUCUACAUCUUCUUUGUCAUCAGUAGAGGAAAAGCCUAAGAAAGGGAGAAAGACUACUGGUGCAAACGAAAAUCGUUUCUCAGUCGGUUUCUUCAGCCGCCUGUUCCAGAUGCGCAACGAUUUGGUGGAUAAUGGAAGAGGUGCUGACAUCUAUUUCUCAAUCGAUCUCUUCGAGUUGACGACGACCUUUCACGACAGCAUUUUGCAGCGAUUCCUUGAGCCGAUCGGUGUAUAUGGCGCACUUAAUUGGAUCGCGAAAGCUGUUAGCAUUGGGCUGCACAAACUCAGUGUGCGUGCGAAGAAUAUGUCCGACAUCGUGGAGUCGCUUUUGUUCACCGACCCUCCUACCGCGAGACAGCUUUUGGUCGAUUCACGGACAACUCAGGAGCUGUUGAAAGACAAAAUGAAUGAUGCUGAGGAUAACAGUGCUGCUGCGUCCAAGAAAUCAUCGACUGAAGUAAUUGUAGAGCAAGAGGGAACAAGAAAACCUUCGGAAGAGUCAUUGUACCUAUAUUGGCGGACGCGCAGAAUAGUCCGUUUCAUAGACGCUGUCACCAGGGAGCUGCGGUCAAGUCUCGACGCGCAUUUAGAUAAUUAUGGCUCGCUUCGAAAGGAAAUUAAUAUCAGAUUUUUGGACAAAUUCGAGAUUACACACAUCAUUGAAUCCCGUAGUCUACAAUUUCAAUUUCUUCUAAGGCAGAAUACACUUUAUCGUCGCACCUGUGACGCGAUUUUUCCGCCUUUUCGUGUGCGGUUUCUGGACAUUUGAGGGCAACCGUCUAUUUUUUCCGAUAGAGCCGUGGCUGCCAGUUGCUAGUGUUGGGCGCGCUGGCUCGGUCUCGGCACUGGAAAAGGACGAAAAGGAGGAGAACAAACUGGUCUUUUUCAAUGCCACUGCUGCAUUGGAAAGUGUAGUAACUGAAGGAGAUAGAAGUAAAGGUCUUCAAAAUGUAGCGAUUCUAGAACGCUUGCGGAAAAUGCUAGAAGCGACGAGUCCCGGUAGCUCUACAACAAGCGCAGAGAUUGCAACAAACCGAAUACCACUACAUUUGUUUCUGGACAGACUUGCGGUGAAUUCGGGGAUUACGCAGUUUGUGACGAGGCCAUUCUCUAUGGUAUCGAAAGAACAUCUGGAUUUCUUUACUCUUUCACCUCAAGUUUCCUCACUACCAGAACAAACCGAAGAAGCUAGCGAAAAGGAAAGCUGGCCUGAUGUGAUUAUUGGGGAAAUGCCACCUCCCUCAGGAGCAAAUGCUGCACCUGCUUCUGACUAUGGUAAUGCUUUCAGAGCGCUUCUACGGGCAGGAAACUACCAAGUCGUAGCCGUGAAUUCUGCUUAUAGUGGCAUAGUCGCAAGAAAAUUGAGGCUCGAGUUGAAACCUCUUUUGUAUACUUGGGUGAAGGGAGUGUAGGGGUGGUGCUGGAGGCAGCGAGUCGGUUGCAGGUAGACUUUGGCUUUGACUUUCCAAGCAGGAUAUGAUGAGUUUUACUCCCGCAAUAUUUGUACCAUCAUGUUAAGAAAACUAAUGAGCCAUCUAUCAUCGCAAC